CAAUUAAAGCUCAAAAUACAUUCGCUUUGACAUAUUUAAGAUUGAUUAAGUCUAAUUUGUAAUGCGUUCCUAUUGAUUUCGAAUAAAAAUCCUCAAAACUAUUUCUCAACAAGUACUCGCGGAGCCAUACAUAAACCGGAAAAGGAGUUCCACGAGCACUUUCGUAAAAGAAGAAAAUAUUACAAAAUUACGAAAUGAUUAGCCUUUUUCGAGUAGCCGCGUCAUUGACCAGGCCUAAUAUACACAGGAUACUUUCUGCAAGUUAUGCUCUAUCAGCUGAACAAAAAACAAGGCUUGAUUCAAUGGUCAAUAAAGAGAAAUUAGUUGUUUUCAUGAAAGGGACGCCUGAAGAGCCAAGGUGUGGUUUCAGUAGGGCUGUCAUGGAAAUACUGAGGUUUCAUGGUGUCGACCAGAAUAAAUUUGUGACAUAUAAUAUAUUAGAAGACGAGGAUACUCGGCAAGGUAUAAAAGAGUACAGUAACUGGCCAACUAUCCCCCAAGUCUACAUGAAUGGUGAGUUUGUUGGAGGCUGUGACAUUAUGAUAGACAUGCACAAAAAUGGAGAACUUAUUGAGGAAUUACAAAACAUUGGAAUACGUUCAUCUCUCUUGGAUGACCCAGAGAAAAAAGUGUAGGAAAUAGAUGAUAGCCAACAGUAUUAAAGAGGAUUACAAAACGUCGUAAAGAUAACCAUCAGAAAAUAUGGAACUACAGAAGCAUAAACAUGAUAAGGACAUUGCAGAAGUGACAGUUCCCUUGGAUUUUGUUUCAAUGAAGAAAAUAAUAGGAAAAUAUAUGAGAUCAUGGUCAAUUCCUACUGAAUGUAUCAUGGUGACUGGUGAGAUGCAUUUGUAAUUUGCAAAUCCAAGUACAUGUCGGCUACUUGUAUGUCAAUUAUGCGCAUGUCAUGUACGCUAUAUAGCAAAAAUAUAAAUUGUAUUUAAAAAGCUAUAUAUAAUCUGCAUCACAUAAAUGCCAAAAUGAUGCUGAAAAAUAUGUAACUAGAUACCACUUUUUCAAAUAAGAUGACAUAUCGUUUAUGUCAAUAGACUCGAAUAUUUAUUUGUGAUACGUUUCUUAUAAUCCUAUCUUGUUCCUAAUUACAAAUGUUUUUAAUAAAUAAAUACAUACUUCAAUAUUUAAACUAACAUCAGUUACUUUUAUCAGUUUAAAUGUUCAUAUAAAGUUCAUAUUGUACUUCUACUUUUGCAUUUGCUUUAAUUUGGCAGUAUGAAACAUUUCAAAGAAAACCUGAAGUCAUUGGAUCUGAGUGAAGAUGCCAACUCAAAUUUUUGAUUUCUAGAAAAAUUUCAAAAGCCAAAAAAACAUUGUCAAUAUUCUGAAAAUUGUAAUUACCAAAUAUACAAAGUCAAAUUCAGUACAACAAAAA